AUGUCGUGUUUCCAUCAACACCUGGUUGAGAGGCUAGAAGGUCGCCGCCGCCGCCAGAUGAGUUUCCCAACCACGCGAAGGCAGCUCCACGGGAGAAUCGAGACGAGGUGGGGGAGGAACCCGUCGCUCCGCCGGUCCCAGAACCAGGUACAAGUGUGGGUGCAGGCCGCGAAGGAACACGUCGGGACGCCCGAGGACAAGGGAAUGGCGGUUUGCGGACUGCGGCUGCUUCACGUCGAGCUGCUCCGGGUGUGUGAUCGCCUCCUGGGGGUGGAGGGCGGGUUGGAGGUUGUUGAUGUGAACGCGUUGGCGUGA